AACACCUUCACGUUUUACUGAUGACAUGAGGCGCGAGACGGACAAAAGCUGGAGGAAAUACAGGAGACAGAUUAAAGGGACACAGUAAAUUUCGCAGUGUUAAAUAUGCAGUGUUAAAAUUCAUUGAUUCUUUCAGAGCUAAUACAACAACAGACUGAGUAAAACGCCACCUAGUGUUGGUGUAAAUUUCCAGAGCGUAUACACGUCGCGCCAUUUUGACGCUGACAAGCUCCGCCCACCUCCUCAAACCAACAAGUCUAACCGUUGCGUGGACGCCAUUUUUCUCCUGCUUGAACAACUGUGAGGACGUGACGGUUGUUGACUGUUCUGGGACUGAGUUGGAUGAAGAUGUGUUUGAGGAUGUUGUUAAGGAUCCCUCAGCUGGAGUCCUAACCAUCAAAUAUGAAACUGACUUUGUCUCCAUGGUGGAAUUGCCUGAGGAAUCUCAGCCAAGCUCAUCUGAUUCUCAAGAGACACUCGUUCUUUCAGAGAGUCCUUCCGCUGAACGCCAGCGCCUGGACACAGAAGCUAAGCAUGACAUCACCACCCAGAGAGGUUAAAGAAAUGUAUGCCAGAGGAAUUGUUAGCUUAUUCCCCUACCUCAGUGAUCCAUUCUCCAGGAAUGGUUAUGAGCAUUAUUAUGAUGCUGCAAGUGGUACCGGGUUUUUAGCCUGGAGGAUAAAAACUAUUCAGAGAUCCACUGCUAGAGACAGACGAUCAUCAUAUGGAGCAUCAUCCAAAGAAGCAUCUUGUGAACAUGGGCUUGGAGGACCAGCUGCUAGACGAGAGACCCAGUUUGUUCCAGAGAGUGAAGUGAGUGAAGAAGAGUGUAAGGAAGCUGUCGCACUGAUUAAGCAUUCAGCCGAUGAGGACACGAUCAAGAAGAAGAUGAAGCUCACAUUUGACUUCCGGCGCAACAUGGUCCUCGACCCCCAACAGUCAAGCAACAUACUCUCUGUCUUUCCACGUUUCAAAGGUGUCAAAGGCUUGGUGGAGCAGGAUUUUGUCCUGAUGUUUGGAGAAGACGUGUCUGGCAAGUUUCUGGAGAAAUGGACGACCACCUUCAAGAGAAAGAUCAUCCAACAAUGCAGAAAGCUUCCAACCACCAGUGAUCUUGAAGAACUUCUCCUGGCAGCUGAUACUCCUGAGGAUGGCACUGAAGUGGAUGAUGACAUGAGUUGGGACAGUGACCUCAUGGAUUUUGCUGCUGCUACACCUGAUUCCCCCCUCUGCCUUGGGUCGUAAGAGACCAGAGAAGGUGUCUGCCUCCCAAGCAGAGAAGCAUCUUGUGGUCUUCAAGAAAACAGGAACCAACAUCCAAGAACAUCUUGAUGCCAUCACAACGAGCACACAACCUUAUCUCCUGGCUGUGGGACGGAGGAAGAAAGUAGCUCACCAGUUCUUCAUCAUCCUUGACAAAAAUGCCAUUGCUUGCAGGUCAACUUCCUCUCUUGGUGCUUUUGAUGAACUGUUUAAGGCACAUUACUUGUUUGCCACAACAUACAACCCCAUGCUGUGCAACAUGUUUACGUUCAUCCAGACCACUGUGUACAAUAUAGAUGUAGGUAAAGUGAAAGAAAGUCCAUGUGUGGCAGAAAUUCAGGCUAGGUUGCUUCAGUAGUACUGGAACUAAUCUGUUUGUCAUUAAGUGUUUUAUUUGUUAGGCAGAGUUAAGUUGCACAAAUGCACUUGUUCAGUAUAUACAAGUAGUUAGUUCAUGGUUACUUGGAUGGAAAAAUUCUUUGCCUUAAAUGUACUCCGUCAAGUUUGAGCCGUCUAUUGUAAUGGGAUGUACAUCAUGUGAUGUUACUGUGACGCUACUACAGUUAACAGUGGAUUUUAAAAAUGUGCUUUAUUUCAAUAAAUAAGUUGAAUGCA